AUGGCAUUCGUUUCAGCGCAAGGGCCUACGGUGGUGGACCAAACCACUCUGAUGAAAAAAUACCUUCAGUUUGUGGCUGCUCUUACGGAUGUCAAUACACCUGAUGAAACCAAAUUGAAAAUGAUGCAAGAAGUCAGUGAGAAUUUUGAGAAUGUGACAUCAUCCCCUCAAUAUUCUACAUUCCUGGAACACAUCAUCCCUAGAUUUCUCACCUUUCUACAAGAUGGAGAAGUUCAGUUUCUGCAGGAGAAGCCAGCACAGCAACUCCGAAAGCUAGUGCUUGAAAUAAUUCACAGAAUACCAACAAACGAACAUCUUCGUCUUCAUACCAAAAAUAUCCUGUCUGUGAUGUUUAGAUUUCUAGAGACGGAGAAUGAAGAAAAUGUACUGAUUUGCUUAAGAAUAAUUAUUGAAUUGCACAAACAGUUCCGACCAGCAAUCACUCAAGAAAUUCAUCAUUUUUUGGACUUUGUGAAACAGAUUUACAAGGAACUUCCAAAAGUAGUGAAUCGGUAUUUUGAGAAUCCUCAGGUGAUUCCAGAGAACACUGUUCCUACUCCUGAAAUGGUUGGCAUGAUUACAACAAUUGUGGUGAAAGUAAACCCUGAGCGAGAAGAUAGUGAAACGAGAACACAUUCUAUAAUUCCCAGAGGAUCUUUAUCUCUGAAGGUCUUGGCUGAGCUACCUAUUAUUGUUGUUCUUAUGUAUCAGCUCUACAAACUCAACAUCCAUAAUGUAGUAGCUGAAUUUGUGCCCUUGAUUAUGAACACUAUUAUAAUACAGGUUUCUGCUCAGGCAAGGCAACAUAAACUUUAUAACAAGGAAUUGUAUGCUGAUUUUAUCGCUGCUCAAAUUAAAACAUUGUCUUUUUUGGCUUACAUCAUAAGAAUUUACCAGGAAUUAGUGGCUAAAUAUUCUCAGCAAAUGGUAAAAGGAAUGUUGCAGUUGCUCUCAAAUUGUCCAGCUGAAACGGCACACCUCCGGAAGGAGCUUCUAAUUGCUGCUAAGCACAUCUUGACAACAGACUUGAGGAGCCAAUUUAUUCCAUGUAUGGACAAACUAUUUGAUGAAUCUAUACUAAUUGGCUCUGGAUACACUGCCCGAGAGACACUGAGACCACUUGCAUAUAGUACACUGGCAGACCUGGUACAUCAUGUCCGUCAGCAUUUACCACUCAAUGAUCUCUCCCUUGCUGUCCAGUUAUUUGCCAAGAACAUUGAUGAUGAGUCGUUGCCUAGCAGUAUCCAGACAAUGUCUUGCAAGCUUCUGCUAAAUUUGGUAGACUGUAUCCGGUCUAAAAGUGAACAGGAAAACGGAAAUGGUAGAGAUAUUCUUAUGAGAAUGCUGGAGGUUUUUGUUCUGAAAUUUCACACUAUAGCACGAUACCAGCUUUCUGUAAUUUUUAAAAAAUGCAAGCCACAGUCUGAACUUGGGGCUGCUGAAGCCGCGUUACCUGGAGUACCGACAGCAGCAAAUGCGGCACCUGUUCCUGUUCCAUCUCCUGCCCCAGCCACGCCAGUGGCCCCUGCACCAGUACCCGUAUUUGAAAAACAAGGGGAGAAAGAAAAAGAAGAUAAACAGACAUUUCAGGUCACAGAUUGCCGAAGCUUAGUAAAAACUUUGGUCUGUGGUGUCAAGACAAUCACAUGGGGCAUAACAUCAUGCAAAGCUCCUGGUGAAGCACAAUUCAUUCCCAAUAAGCAGUUGCAGCCUAAGGAGACUCAAAUCUAUAUAAAAUUGGUAAAAUAUGCAAUGCAAGCUUUAGAUAUCUAUCAGGUCCAAAUAGCAGGAAAUGGACAGACAUACGUUCGAGUAGCAAACUGUCAGACAGUCAGAAUGAAAGAGGAAAAGGAAGUCCUGGAGCAUUUUGCUGGUGUGUUCACAAUGAUGAACCCUUUAACUUUCAAAGAAAUCUUUCAAACUACUGUUCCGUAUAUGGUGGAGCGAAUCUCAAAAAACUAUGCUCUUCAGAUUGUUGCCAAUUCCUUCUUGGCAAACCCUACUACCUCUGCGCUCUUUGCAACUAUUUUGGUUGAGUAUCUUCUGGAUAGGCUGCCAGAAAUGGGCUCUAAUGUGGAACUCUCCAAUCUGUAUCUCAAGCUGUUCAAGUUAGUCUUUGGCUCAGUUUCCCUAUUUGCAGCUGAAAAUGAACAAAUGCUGAAGCCACAUUUGCACAAGAUUGUGAACAGCUCUAUGGAACUUGCACAGACUGCCAAAGAGCCCUAUAACUAUUUCCUGCUGCUCAGAGCACUGUUCAGAUCUAUUGGAGGAGGCAGUCAUGAUCUGUUAUAUCAAGAAUUCUUGCCGCUGUUACCAAACUUACUGCAAGGACUUAAUAUGUUGCAAAGUGGCCUUCAUAAACAACACAUGAAAGACUUGUUUGUAGAGCUCUGCCUCACUGUGCCCGUUCGACUGAGCUCAUUACUGCCUUAUCUGCCAAUGUUGAUGGAUCCCUUGGUGUCGGCUCUCAAUGGAUCUCAGACCCUGGUUAGCCAGGGCUUAAGAACUCUUGAAUUGUGCGUGGAUAACUUGCAGCCAGACUUCCUGUAUGAUCACAUUCAACCAGUUCGAGCCGAGCUAAUGCAGGCUUUGUGGCGUACAUUGCGCAAUCCUGCAGACAGUAUUUCUCAUGUGGCUUAUCGUGUACUUGGUAAAUUUGGUGGAAGUAACAGGAAGAUGUUAAAGGAAUCACAGAAACUACAAUAUGUAGUCACAGAAAUCCAAGGACCCAGUAUUACAAUUGAAUUUUCAGACUGUAAAGCAUCCAUUCAGCUCCCAAUGGAAAAGGCAAUUGAGACUGCUCUGGAUUGUUUGAAGAGUGCUAACACAGAACCGUAUUAUCGGAGACAAGCGUGGGAAGUAAUCAAGUGUUUUUUAGUAGCUAUGAUGAGUCUGGAUGAUAAUAAACAUGCAUUAUACCAACUUCUUGCACAUCCCAACUUUACGGAGAAGUCCAUACCCAGUGUGAUUAUUUCGCAUCGAUACAAAGCUCAGGAUACUCCAGCUCGUAAAACGUUUGAACAGGCAUUGACAGGGGCGUUCAUGUCAGCAGUCAUCAAAGAUCUGCGGCCUAGUGCUCUACCUUUUGUAGCUAGCCUAAUCCGCCAUUACACAAUGGUGGCAGUCGCUCAGCAAUGUGGUCCAUUUUUGCUGCAGUGCUAUCAGGUUGGAAGCCAGCCCAGCACAGCCAUGUUUCAUAGUGAAGAAAAUGGGUCAAAAGGCAUGGAUCCCUUGGUGCUUAUUGAUGCCAUCGCAAUCUGCAUGGCAUAUGAGGAAAAAGAACUCUGCAAAAUAGGAGAAGUGGCUCUAGCAGUGAUAUUUGAUGUUGCAAGCAUUAUCUUGGGUUCAAAGGAAAGGGCUUGUCAGCUUCCUUUGUUUUCGUACAUUGUGGAACGUUUAUGCGCUUGCUGCUAUGAACAAGCUUGGUAUGCUAAACUAGGAGGUGUUGUGUCAAUUAAAUUUCUUAUGGAACGACUGCCGCUAAUUUGGGUCCUCCAGAACCAGCAGACUUUCCUGAAGGCACUUCUCUUUGUUAUGAUGGAUCUAACUGGAGAGGUUUCCAAUGGAGCAGUUGCUAUGGCAAAGACCACGUUAGAACAGCUUUUGAUUAGAUGUGCAACUCCUUUAAAAGAUGAAGAAAAAACAGAAGAAAUCCUAGCAGCACAGGAAAAAUCUUUCCAUCAUGUAACACAUGACCUCGUUCGAGAAGUAACCUCUCCAAACUCUACUGUGAGAAAACAGGCAAUGCAUUCGUUACAAGUACUUGCACAGGUCACUGGAAAAAGUGUCACGGUAAUUAUGGAGCCACAUAAAGAGGUUCUCCAAGACAUGGUUCCUCCUAAAAAGCAUUUACUUAGGCAUCAACCCGCAAAUGCCCAGAUUGGCCUGAUGGAGGGAAAUACAUUUUGCACAACGCUGCAACCUCGGUUGUUUACAAUGGAUCUAAAUGUCGUGGAACACAAGGUUUUCUACACAGAGUUACUGAAUUUGUGUGAGGCUGAAGAUGCUGCCUUAAUGAAACUACCCUGUUACAAAAGUCUUCCAUCGCUUGUACCUCUUCGGAUUGCAGCCUUAAAUGCUCUAGCUGCCUGCAAUUACUUGCCUCAGUCGAGAGAGAAAAUCAUUGCUGCACUUUUCAAGGCACUGAAUUCAACAAAUAAUGAACUGCAGGAGGCAGGAGAAGCAUGCAUGAGAAAGUUUUUGGAAGGAGCUACCAUAGAAGUUGAUCAAAUUCAUACGCAUAUGAGGCCGUUGCUUAUGAUGUUGGGAGACUAUCGAAGUCUGACGCUGAAUGUUGUGAAUCGUCUGACAUCUGUUACUAGACUUUUUCCAAACUCCUUUAAUGAUAAAUUCUGUGAUCAGAUGAUGCAACACCUUCGUAAAUGGAUGGAAGUUGUAGUUAUUACACACAAAGGUGGACAACGGAGCGAUGGAAAUCCUGCCGCGGAAGGGGUAGAGGAAAUGAAGAUUUGUUCAGCAAUUAUAAAUUUAUUCCAUCUGAUCCCAGCUGCCCCUCAGACUUUGGUUAAACCUCUGCUGGAAGUUGUUAUGAAAACAGAACGAGCAAUGUUAAUUGAGGCUGGCAGUCCAUUCAGGGAACCACUAAUAAAAUUUUUGACACGUCAUCCAUCCCAGACUGUGGAGCUGUUCAUGAUGGAAGCUACUUUAAAUGAUCCACAGUGGAGCAGAAUGUUUAUGAGUUUCUUAAAACAUAAAGAUGCCAAACCUCUACGAGAUGUACUGGCAGCUAAUCCUAACCGAUUUAUCACUCUGCUGUUACCUGUUGGUACCCAAGCAGCUGUUAGGCCUGGUUCUCCAAGCACUACCACAAUGCGUCUCGAUCUUCAGUUUCAGGCUAUCAAG